AUGGGGAGAAAACUGGAUCUUUCCAAGCUUACGGACGAAGAGGCCAAGCACGUCUGGGAAGUGGUUCAGAGGGACUUUGAACUGAGAAGGAAAGAAGAGGAAAGACUGGAGGGGUUGAAGGGCCGGAUUAAGAAGGAGAGCUCCCAGAGGGAGCUGCUUGCUGACACAGCGCACCUGAAUGAGACCCACUGUGCCCGCUGCCUGCAGCCCUACCGGCUCCUUGCGACCCCCAGAAGGCAAUGCCUGGACUGCCACCUCUUCACCUGCCAGGACUGCGGCCAUGCUCACCCGGAGGAGCAGGGCUGGCUUUGCGACCCCUGCCACCUGGCCAGGGUUGUGAAGAUUGGCUCUCUGGAGUGGUACCACCAGCACCUGAGAGCCCGCUUCAAGCGCUUUGGGAGUGCCAAAGUGAUCCGUUCCCUGUGCGGACGGCUGCAGGGGGCAGGUGGGCCUGAGGCAAGCGCUGGCGAGGGCAGUGGAGAUAGUGAGCAGACAGAUGAGGAUGGGGAACUGGACACAGCAGCCCAGGCCCAGUUCAUUGGCAGCAAAAAAAAGCGUCUCUCUAUUCACGACUUGGACUUUGAGGCCGACUCUGACGACUCAACUUGGUCUGGUAGUCACCCCCCAGAUUCAUCCCCAGUCCCAGCAGCCACAGACAGCCUGCAGUGUCUCACAGGCUGCGAGCCCACAGAUGCCGACAGAGAAGAGGAGACCCUCAGGAGGAAGCUGGAGGAGCUGACCAGCCACAUAAGUGACCAGGGAGCCUCAUCCGAGGAGGAGGGGAACAAGGAGGAAGAAGCAGAACUGGACAGGAGCCCCUCCAUCAGGGACCUCCCGGGGGCAGGCUUGGAGGUGAGCGGGGCUGCGGGCCAGAUGUACAGACAGGAAACCAUCCCCGGGGACCCUCAGGACCUCGUGCAGCCCAGCAGGACCACAGACAAGAAGCUGCUGGAGCUGGAGGAUAGAGUGGCUGUCACGGCCUCGGAGGUUCAGCAGGUGGAAAGUGAGGUUUCCAACAUCAAAUCCAAGAUUGCCGCCUUACAGGCUGCAGGGCUCACCGUGAAGCCUUCGGGAAAGCCCCGGAGGAAAUCUAACCUGCCGAUAUUUCUUCCCCGGCUUGCUGAGAGACUGGACCGGAAUCCUAAGGAUCCGAAUGCAGACCCCACGGAGGAGGUAUGUGUGACAACGGCGCCCUAUCUUCUCAGAAGGAAGUUCAGUAAUUCCCCGAAAAGCCAAGGUAAAGACGGGACCUCCUUUCAUCGGCAGUCGGCGUACCACGGGUCCCUGACACAGAGAAACCCCAACAGCAGGAAGGGGGUGGCCAACCACAGCUUUGCGAAACCUGUGAUGACCUACCAGCCCUGA